AUGUUGGCGUCCGCAAGGGUAGAGGAGCAGAAGCAAACAAGGCGUGUUGCAAAUCCGGGCAAGGCAACACUGCUUGCUCUUGGUAAGGCCUUCCCGGCCAAUGUUGUUUCCCAGGACAAUCUCGUCGAGGAGUAUCUCCGCGAAAUCAAAUGCGAUGACCCUUCUGUCAAAGACAAGCUGCAACACUUGUGUAAAACCACAACUGUGCAGACACGCUACACGGUCAUGUCCGGGGAGACACUGCACAAGUACCCUGAACUGGCAGUCGAGGGUUCCCCAACCAUCAAACAACGGCUUGAAAUUGCAAACGAGGCGGUUGUGCAAAUGGCAUACGAAGCGAGCUUGGUUUGCAUCAAGGAGUGGGGGAGGGCAGUGGAAGACAUCACCCAUCUGGUCUACGUUUCCUCAAGUGAGUUCCGCUUGCCCGGAGGUGACCUUUACCUCUCGGCGCAGCUGGGCCUCAGCAAUGAGGUGCAGAGAGUGAUGCUGUAUUUCCUGGGAUGUUAUGGAGGUGUGAGUGGGCUGCGCGUUGCCAAAGACAUCGCUGAGAACAACAGAGGGAGCCGGGUGCUGCUCACCACAUCCGAGACUAUGGUUCUGGGGUUUCGCCCGCCCAACAAAGCUCGCCCUUACGACUUAGUCGGGGCUGCUCUCUUUGGAGAUGGAGCAGCUGCCCUGAUCAUCGGAGCAGACCCAACAGAGGCAGAAUCUCCUUUCAUGGAGCUUCACUGUGCUAUGCAGCUGUUCCUUCCCGGAACGCAGGGGGUGAUUGACGGGAGGCUAUCAGAAGAGGGCAUAAGCUUCAAGCUAGGGAGAGAUCUCCCUCAGAAGAUCGAAGACAAUGUAGAGGACUUCUGCAAGAAGCUGAUGGCGAAGGCUGGCUCAGGUUCAGGUUCAUUGGAGUUGAACGACCUGUUCUGGGCAGUACAUCCGGGUGGACCGGCCAUCCUGAACGGGCUGGAGACGAAGCUGAAGCUGAAGCCAGGAAAGCUGGAAUGCAGCAGAAGGGCGUUGGUGGAUUACGGGAACGUAAGCAGCAACACCAUCUUCUACAUAAUGGACAAGGUCAGAGAUGAGCUUGAGAAGAAGGAAGGCAGAGGAGAAGAGUGGGGUCUGGGAUUAGCUUUCGGACCGGGAAUCACCUUCGAGGGCUUUCUCAUGAGGAGCCUCUAA